UAUUCACUAGGCUAACUUAUCCCCGGACUCGUAAUAGAACUGAACUAAAGAAAAUCGAAAUAAAAUUAUGGCCUAACUAACCCUAACCUGAUACACAUACUACGGGAGUACCCAAUAAUGAUUGAUAUCGUAAAUCAAGACUUCUAGUUGACACCGAGUAAAAAAAGCUUGGAUGAACAGACUUUAUUAUAAAAUAUGUAAUAUAUGCAUUUAAGGAUUUGAGAAAUAUUUACCGAACUAGGAGUCAGCUCUUGAGUUUUGGAACAACUGCAUGCAGGCUUUCUAAUUUUAAAAUAGUGAUUCUUCCUGUUACAAUAAUGCAUCUGAGUAAUAUUCGUUGAAACUGUUGGCCACAUAUGCAAAUAACUCGAGGCUGCAUGAAGGUUCAAAUUUUCUUCAACAAAGAGGCGACUAUUAGUUAGAUAAUAAUAUGUCGAAUGUCGAUAAUACUGUUUUUUUUUUCUUCAUUUAUUCACCCCUAAUAGAAAAGAGGGCAAAUUGAAAGUUUUAUUAUAAGUUUGUUCAAUGCCACGGUAUGCGGUUUUUUUCUGAAAGCAAACAUAUUAUUGAUAACAAAAUUGAAGGCAGCCAUUAACAUACUAAGAACUGACCAGCUCGUACCACAUAGUUACCUGUAGAUGGAAUAUAAGAAACUAUCGUAACGUCGGUUUGUCCUGUUUCAUUUUUAUAAUGUGAUAAUUGCUUAUGAUGUAAUACUUUUUAAAUUGUUUUUCAGAUUUUGGACUGUGGUCUUAUUGCUUUAUCACAGUAUAUCUUACUUGAUCCAAUUCUACUUUUCUUCUUGGCUGCUUCACUGUUUUGCAACACAAAGUAUUCUAUGGAAAAAAGAACUAAAUUUGGAAGUGUGUUUAGUAAAGAAACUAAACAAAAUGUAGAUUUGAAAAAGAAUCAUAAGUUGGAAUGCCACCAUGACCCUGUGUUGAAAAGAUUUUCUUACCAUUGGUGGAUGUUUCUUGCACUUUCUGGAGUUAGCCUAGGUUGUAUGCUUGCUGUAAAAUGGGUCGGCCUAUUUACUGUUGCAUUUGUUGGAUGCUGGACUGUAAAAGAUCUGUGGGAUUUAUUAGGAAAUACCAAGGAGAUUUCAAUGAAGGAAUUUUCAAAACAUUUUUUCGCUCGAUCGAUUGGUCUAAUAAUAAUACCAAUAUGUAUUUAUGCUUCCAUUUUUGCAAUUCAUUACCAAGUACUCAAUGGGACUGGAAAACAAGAUUCUGUUCAUAGCUCUGAGUUUCAAAUGUGUUUGAAAGGAAAUCGUCUAAACAAUGCAUCAAUGCCUAUCCAUGUGGCCUAUGGAUCAGGAAUUACUCUUAAAUUUCACAAGUCAGAUGCAUCGGGUCUUCUGCAUUCUCAUAACUUAUCGUAUCCGAUUGAUGUUAUGCCAGACUCGCAACAACAGGUUACUGUAUACUUUUACAAAGAUCAAAAUAAUCUUUGGGAAGUUAUAAAACCAAAUGUGACAGAAGAGCAAGAAAUAAAUGAGACUGAUAUUCUUCAAGAUGGCGACAUUAUUCGACUGCGUCACAUCCCUACAAAACUUUAUCUUCAUAGUUUUGCAAGACCUUCACCUAUAUCAACUAAUAAACAGAUCGUAUCAUGUGCCAAUGGAACAAAUGUAGAAGAUAAGUUGAAUGAGUUGUGGAAAAUUGAUGUUGUCAAGACAACCGAUAUAACCACUGGAAAAAUCAGAGUCAUUCAAACGAAAUUCAGACUGAUUCAUGUCAAUUCCGGCUGUGCUUUACACAGUAGUUUCAAGAAAUUACCGGAUUGGGCAGCAAAUCAGUAUGAGGUUGUAUGUUCCCAUCUUCAUAGAGAUUUCCAAACUGCACUCUGGAAUGUUGAAAUACAUUAUCAUCGGCAUUUACAAAAAAGUACUUUGGCAUCCUGCCAGAUGACAUUUCUGGAACGAUUUGUGGAAUCUCAUUUAGUCAUGGCAUCAAGCAAUUCUCUCAUAAAGCCUACAGCUGGAGACAUAGCAUCAAGACCAUGGCAAUGGCCUUUGAAUUACAAGGGUCAAGUGUUCUCUUUCAUGGGUGAACAGGAUUUGAGAGUGUACCUCCUAGGAAAUCCUCUCAUCUACUCCCUCAAUCUCGUGGUAAUAAUUGUCUCCCCAGUUUUCUUCGCGAUUGUUCGUAUUGUGGAAUUGAGAGAGCUAAGCAGAGUAAAAGUAGCAAGUCUAAUCCCAAACCUUCCUAUAAUGAAGAGUGAUGUCAUGAGGUUAAAUUCCCAUCAUAUCUUUGCAUGUAAAUGGUAUUUAUUUGGCUGGUUUAUCCAUUACGUUCCAUUUUUCCUAAUGUCACGAGCACUUUAUUUUCAUCAUUAUUACGCAGCAUUUAUAUUUAGUUGCUGUUUGAGUGGUUGCUUUCUGGACUUGUGUUUUAAUAACUGUGCCAUGUCGAUUUCCAAGGUGUUCCGUGGUUGGAUCUUGCCAUCUACAGUACGUUUUGCCAUUCACCUUAUUUUUGGGAUUUUGUUGUUGGAGAGCUUCUAUCUUUAUUCGCCCUUGUGUUAUGGAAUGACUGGUCCCUUUUCAGAAGAGAAGCGCAGCAUGAUGUAUGGUCUUAAACUUUAUAAUCAUUGGGAAAUAUAAUAAUGAAUUGGAUAGCAUAAAAUGCUGUCAAAUUUGAGGGCAAAAAUGUACACAAUGAUCAUGUUAAAGUAGAAAAUCAUUAUUGCAUUUUAUAAACCCUUAAAGGGGAGUGCAUCUAUGCUGAAGUUAUACACAUUGUGUUAGUCCAUCAUUUUUCAUUGCCUACACUUUACUAAAUAUUUUUGAAUUAUGCUGCUAAGCUAGUCUUAUUCUUAUGCACUUAUACACGCUAAAAAUCGUACUAUGGCUAAAAGUACUUAUAUUACAACCAAUAUUGCAAUUAUAUCAGUGUUUUGGAAAUACAAUUGUCAAGCUUGAUUUAUCAGCAAUGUUGCUUGUGAACAACAUUGUAGAGUUGGCUGCUUUGUGCUUGUUCAAAAAUACAGUUGAAAAGUCAUAACAUUUAUUUAUCUAUAUCGCAAUUAUAUCUCUAUCAUAAAUUUUGAUGAAUGUGCAAAUCUUUAUCACUGCAUAUUUUAAUUGUACUAUGUGUAAAAGUUAUUGGUGCUUGCUUAG